GAGAGCUUGUACUCUAGGUUGAUCUCUUUGGUAUAACUAAGAUCAUAUCUCCCCAAGCAGUAUACGCAAGAAUCCCAUCUCGAGCUUCCCAAACAUAUCACCGUCAUCCACCUUUGUACAUCAAACACGGAGACUCGCGUACCCCUACCAAUAUGUCGGGCGCGGAAGUGAUUGGAGCAGCAUCUGGGAUAGCCAGUCUUUUCACUACGACUAUUACCUGGUUUGACUAUAUCUACGUUGCCAGGAAGGCGGCUCCGCGACUACAGUCCCUGAUCGUGAAGCUCGGCAGUGCGCAACUAAGACUAACGCGCUGGGGCCAGGCUGUCGGUCUCACAGGUUCAGAUAUCGAAGACGAGGAAUCGCUGAAAAGCUCUGGCUCAUUCCAGCUCGACGAGGAGCAGGAGACUCAGGCUAUACGGACAUUUCGGAUCUUGAUCACUCUUUUCGAAGAGUCCAAGAGAAUCUGUCACAACGAACGCAAAGGAAAGUCCGAGGAUGACCCUGACGUGAAAGCGAACGAAAUCAAGCCGUUCAGCCAGGAUGGCUUUAAGUGGAGUAUUAUGCACCGUUACCUUCAUGAGACAAUGCAAAAAGUUGUCCACGAGCGCAAAAACAAGAUGUCAGUUCCUCGACUCUUCAAGUUCGCUGUUUAUGACGAGAAGCAUCUCGAGAAACUGGUUAAGGACAUCAAUGACCAUAUUGACUCACUGUACCAAAUUUACACUCCUCCCGCGAGCGAUGAAGAAGAGGCGGGCAAGCAGGAAAUGGAUAGGCUUCUCAAAGUCAUGAGGGAAUUGCGCUCUGCAUCGGAGCGGGAUCCAGUGAUGAACACGGCUGUCAAGACUAUAUUAGACCAAAGGAAUGAAAAUAUGACCUUCAACACCACGGAGUCGACUGUCCAGAAAAUAGGGCAGGAUCAGCAAGGUCGCUAUGAAAUGACGAUUGGAUUUGAUGCAGGAAAAAGAAGAUAAUGCUAAGUUAGCCAGCUGACUGCAAUUCGAAGCGGUAUAUAAGUUUCAUGUAUGGAAGACAAUGUGACGUUCACGCCUGCCAAUUGCUGUCUUUCUUUCAUUACAAAAUUAUGGCUUUUCGUUAAUGGGCCGAUCAGAGUUCCCGAUAGUUCAAGAAUCGAAAGUCUGUGCACAAGGAAUCCUUACGAGUAGGCAACAUAGGGAAGGCGAGAAUUGCGUUGAGACCCCUUGGGAAGCUUUCCUGUGAUGUGUUGGCGCGGCUGAAUCGCAAGGAUAUGGCAGUGUUGUUGACCAAUUACAAGAAGCCAUGCGGGGACAACACGGGGGUGAAUUCAGGGAUAACCGAGAAAUGAGG